GUCACUGUUCUAUUAUUCUAGCCAGUUGUCGGCUUGUGUAUUGUUCUGCACAUUGUUGUAGGGUGGCCAAGGGAUCGGUUCUCUCGAAGUGUUCCUAUUUUCUUCAUGGCAAUCAUGGGCGACACCAUACCUGAGAUGGCUGAACAAGAGUCAGAACCACAGAUCCCGGAAUCAAGGGUCCUUAUCAUAAUGACCGGAGGUACCAUCUGCAUGCGACCAUCGCCGUCAGGAUUUGUACCAGCGAGAGGAUUCCAAGAACAAUGCCUGGCUCGUGUACCUACCUUUAACGAUUGCUCUCUUCCGACAAUGAUGGACGUUGUCGUCGAUAAUGCAGGCCAGACUAAGGGCCAUCCUAGUUUACGCACGCCGCAGACUGCAUACGGCCGCCGAGUAAGGUACACGGUAUUUGAAUUUGAAGAGUUGUUGGACAGCAGCUCUAUCGAUGCCAAAGGCUGGGCGGAAAUUGCGCGAACCGUCGAAAGGAACUACACUCUUUUUGACGCUUUUGUUAUCCUUCAUGGUACAGAUAGCUUGGCGUACACUUGCUCAGCACUCAGCUUCAUGCUGCAAAAUCUUGGAAAAACCGUAGUCCUUACGGGAUCUCAGGCUCCAAUGUUGGAGCUUCAGAAUGACGCAACAGACAACCUGCUUGGAUCACUGGUUGUGGCUGGCCACUUCAUGAUCCCAGAAGUCUGUCUGUACUUCAACAACAGACUGUUCCGUGGCAACCGGUCGAGCAAGGUGGCAGCGAGUGACUUUGCCGCAUUCGAUUCUCCGAAUUGCGCUCCACUGGCAAUAACGACUUCCAUGCGUACCAACGUCAACUGGGAGUUGGUCAAUCGGCCAAAGGGCCUCGAACAUUUCAGCAUUCAGACUAAUUUAGAUACCACUCAUGUCGCCUGUCUCCGUAUAUUCCCUGGUAUCAAGCCAGAGAUGAUUGACGCAGUGUUGAGAUUGGAAGGGCUCCGUGGAUUAGUUUUAGAGACCUUUGGGGCUGGCAAUGCGCCGCACGGUCAGGAUAACGCUUUGAUCAAAGUAGUCGCGGACGCUAUCAAGCGAGGGAUUGUUAUCGUCAAUGUCACACAAUGUUUGACUGGCAGCGUGAGCCCGGUAUACGCAACCGGUAUGAGUCUUUCUCGGGCUGGUGUCGUUGCAGGUCUCGACUUAACUACGGAAGCCGCCUUGACCAAACUGGCGUAUCUCCUCGGUCUGCCAAACGCAACUCCAGAAUCCGUGGCGCGAGAUAUGUCGAAAUCACUUCGAGGAGAACUGACGGAAGUGUCGCAACCUGUUUUCCGUCAUCCGGACGGCGCCCUCACUGAGCGUGUCCAGGCCCUUACCAUUCUUGGUUAUGCCAUUGCCCAGGGUGACCUCAAGAGGGUCGAAGAGAUCCUGAAGUUGGAACAUCAUUAUCUUUUGAACGAAUCCGAUUAUUCUGGCAACACUCCGAUCCAUCUUGCCGCGACGUCGCCAUCUCUCCCAAUGCUCCGUUUCCUGCUGAUGCAGGGUGGUUCGGUCCACAUCCGGAAUCGCAACAACCGCACACCACUGUUCCUGGCCGCCAACGCAGGCUUAUCGGAGCAUGUCAUCUUACUGCGCAAGUCGGGCGCGCAUUUGCAUUCGGAUGAACGGACCGCGGCACAAUUACUGGCGCGCCGGAGACCGGGAGUCUGGGGAUUGGCCGGGAUUGGACCGCGGGAGGUCAGUGAACGCGAAAUGGAAGAAGCAGGAGAGGAGAGACUCGCGGAGCGAGUGAUGGCCGGAUCAGCGCCGUGAUUAAACAAGGAAGCGAUGCGACCGAUCACGAGAUGACAUGCUGGAUUCAGCUCGAUAAAUGCGAAACACCCUUCAUCACUAACCCGAUUGAUGCCCGAGGGGGAUUAAGUUCCUAGAUUAAAAAUAAAAUAGAGUACAUGAUAAGCACUAGUCUGAGAUAAGAAGAA